AUGAGCGACACAGGGCGAACGACCGAGGUUGCACGAGAAGAAGCCGCUGCAGAGGCUGGUCCUGGAGCCGCGACCACGAACGCCGUACCCGCCAACCAACUCUCAGAAGACGUCGAAAACAACAGCACGUCUUCAGCAUCCACGAAGAACGAUGAUGUACCGCCACAAGAAAGACCACAGCUGGAGCGCAAGGAUUCGACACCAUUGGAAGAGCGAUCAAAGGGCAAGAUUGCCUUGAUUAUGACUGCUCUGGGCAUGGCCGUCUUCCUCGCAGCCCUCGACGUCACCAUUAUCACAACCGCUCUGCCCACCAUUUCAGAAUACUUCCACUCGGCCGCAGGUUAUACUUGGAUCGGUUCAGCCUAUCUGCUGGGAAAUGCCUCGAGUGUGCCGUUAUGGGGCAAGAUCUCAGACAUCUUUGGACGAAAGCCUAUCUUGAUUGUUGCAAAUCUGCUCUUCCUCAUCGGUUCUCUCAUCGCUGCUCUCGCCAACAGCAUCGGAAUGCUUAUUGCUGCUCGUGCUAUUCAAGGUGUGGGAGGUGGUGGUCUGGUCACCCUUGUCAACAUCUGCAUUAGCGACUUGUUCAGUCUGAGAAGAAGAGGUGCCUACUUUGGUAUCAUCGGAGGUGUCUGGGCAUUGGCUUCGGCUAUCGGACCUGUCAUCGGUGGUGUCUUCACCGAGAAGGUUUCCUGGAGAUGGUGUUUCUAUAUCAACUUGCCCCUCGACGGUGCCGCCCUCGUCAUCAUCUUCUUCUUCCUCGACUUGAAGACACCAAGAACUCCUCUCUGGGAAGGACUAAAAGCAAUCGACUGGAUUGGAGCCUUGCUCGUCAUCGGUGGCGUCCUAAUGUUCCUGUUUGGCCUGGAGUAUGGAGGCGUCACCUACCCCUGGGACUCUGCAACUGUCCUUUGCCUCAUCAUUAUGGGCGUCUUCACCAUGGUCUUGUUCAUCAUCAAUGAGUGGAAGUUUGCCAAAUCGCCAGUCAUGCCUCUGCGCAUCUUCCAGACCCGGAGCAACAUUGCCGUCCUUGGUGUCUGCGCUAUUCACGGUAUGGUCUUCAUCUCGGCUUCAUACUAUUUGCCUUUGUACUUCCAGGCUGCUCGCGGUGCAACACCUCUAUUGUCGGGUGUCUACAUUCUGCCUCAAGCUUUGUCUCUGUCCUUCGCUUCAAUGGCCACUGGUAUCUUCAUCCGCAAGACAGGCCUAUACUUGCCCGCAAUCUGGUUUGGAAUGGUCUUCCUAGUCCUGGGCUUUGGUCUCUUUGUCGAUUUCACAGCCAACAGUAGCUGGGCGAAGUUGAUCAUCUACCAGAUCAUUGCAGGAAUCGGCAUUGGUAAGCGAACUUUCCUCGUUUCUCUCUAUGCUUCAAGAGCUAACAAUGAUUCANNAGGUCCCAACUUCCAAGCCCCAUUGAUCGCACUCCAAACCGGUGUCCAGCCCAGAGAUAUUGCCACAGCAACAGCAACCUUUGGUUUCGUCCGCCAAAUCUUCACCUCCAUCUCCGUCGUCAUCGGUCAAACCGUGUACCAGAACCAGAUGAACACCAAGACAGCUCGCCUGGUAGCGGCACUCGGUCCUCAGGUCGCCUCGCAGUUGACAGGAGGUGGCGCCGGUGCUAACACCGAGCUCAUUGACAACCUUCCCAAUGGACAAAAGCAGAUUGCGCAAACGGCAUUCGCACAGAGCUUGCAUCCCAUGUGGAUCAUGUACGUGUGUUUUGCCGCGCUUGGUCUGAUUGUCAGUCUGUUCAUCCAGAAGAAGGAGCUCAGCAAGAAGCAUACCGAGACAAAGACGGGACUUGAUGCUCAGCGAGCAAACGCUGCGGCGCAGGCCCAAGAGGACGCAGACAAGAAGGUUGCAAAGGAGAGAAAGCUGCAUGAUCCCGAGAAGGGCGAGGCAUGA